ACCCGCCGCGGGAACCCCCGGGCCUCCUCGCGGCCGAGCCUGAGCGACCCCCGGGUUCUCCGGCGCCCUGUCUCUCCACUCUGUUUUUUUUCCUGCCCUUGCUGCCGCUAACGCUUCACCUCUCCGUUAUGGCAGCGGAGCCACCAUCCCCCAUCCGGCUUGAGGCACCCGGCCCCCCAGAAAUGCGGACCCCACCAGCGAGCGAGGCCGUCUCCGAGAGCACCCCGAAGCCGGGGGGCGGCAGGCUCCACUUUCUCAACGGCUGCGUACCCCUCUCGCAUCAGGUGGCUGGACACAUGUACGGGAAGGACAAAGUGGGUAUAUUGCAACAUCCAGAUGGCACAGUUUUGAAACAGUUACAGCCACCUCCAAGGGGUCCGAGAGAGUUAGAAUUCUAUAAUAUGGUAAGUGAGGUUUAUGCUGCUGAUUGUACUGAUGGUGUUCUUUUGGAGCUACGAAAAUAUUUGCCAAAAUAUUAUGGCACCUGGUCACCUCCCACUGCACCAAAUGAUUUAUACCUAAAACUGGAAGACGUGACCCAUAAAUUUAAGAAGCCCUGUAUAAUGGAUGUAAAGAUAGGGCGAAAAAGCUAUGAUCCUUUUGCCUCAUCCGAGAAGAUUCAACAACAGGUCAGCAAGUACCCAUUAAUGGAGGAGAUUGGGUUCUUGGUGCUUGGCAUGAGGGUUUAUCAUGUUCAUUCUGAUAGCUAUGAGACACAAAAUCAACACUAUGGAAGAAGCCUAACAAAAGAAACUCUAAAGGAUGGAGUUUCCAGGUUUUUUCAUAAUGGAUUCUGCUUAAGAAAAGAUGCUGUUGCCGCCAGUAUUCAGAAGAUUGAGAGUAUUCUGCAGUGGUUUGAAACUCAGAAGCAGCUUAACUUUUAUGCAAGUUCAUUACUAUUUGUUUAUGAAGGUUCAUCUCAGCCAACUACUACAAAAUCGAAUGACAGAACUUUGGCAGAAAAAUUUUUGUCCAAAGGACAACUCUCAGACACAGACGUACUGGAGUACAAUAAUAAUUUUCGAGUGUUAAGUUCCACAGUGAAUGGAAAAAUAGAAGCUUCAGUAGGCAAAAGCUUGUCCAAGAUGUAUGCUCGUCACAGAAAAAUGUAUUCAAAAAAGCAUCACAGUCAGACUUCAUUGAAAGUUGAAAAGAUAGAGCAAGACAAUGGGUGGAAAAGCUUGUCACAGGAACAUUUAAAUGGAAAUGUACUUUCCCAACUGGAAAAAGUUUUCUACCAUCUUCCCACUGGUUGCCAAGAGAUUGCAGAAGUAGAAGUACGAAUGAUAGAUUUUGCUCAUGUUUUCCCUAGCAACACAAUAGAUGAGGGAUAUGUUUAUGGGCUGAAGCAUUUGAUUACUGUACUUCAGAGUAUUUUAGACAAUUGAAUCCUUUGCUGCAGUCUUUUUAAGGGAUGGGGCAAUCAGUGAAGAGCAGCAAUCAAUAUCUCUGCAUUUCUAAUGCUAUGUAAAAAAUUUGUAUUGUGAGUCUACAUUUUAUUUGUCUUUAUACUUUUGGUAGAAGGGUUAACUUUUUUAUAAUCUUACUCAGGAAAAACUAAUUAUUUGUUCAUUUGAAAACUAUGAAGAAUAAAGAAACUUUGGAAUGUUAAGCAGGGAAUAUGGUGGUACAUGGUUUAAACACCUAUUUGGCUCAAGCAAACCAUUCAGUCAUUAAGAGUUUAGUUUUCUGUAGCCAGUUUAUCAUGAAAUCUCUGUCCACCCGUAACCUUUACAAUGAGCCAUAUCUAAACUCAUUACAUUAUGAGAACACUUUCAAAAAUCUAGAAAGCACAGGUUGAUGUUCUUAGUAUUGCUAUAUGAAGUUAUUAAAACUGGAGAAAAUUCUACUUCAGAAAUAAAUACUGUUUAGUUUUAUAUUAAAAGUUCCGACCAGCAUAUCACAAGGUGCUUCUUAGUGAAAUGAUUUAGAAUUAUUGCAUUCCAAAAGCAGAUUUCCCCUUUAAUUUUCAUUUAUAUCCAUAUUUCAAAAUAUUAUACUUUAUAAAAAAGGUAAUUGAAAUGGACAACAACAACAACAACAAAAAUCUUGAAAUUAAGGGCACUAAUAAUAAUUCUUGCUAGGACAAGAAGAAAGCAGUUACUUGGAAGGAACAAAAUAUUUUUCUUUAAAAAUUUUUCAUUUAUGGGCAAAUUGGAAUAUAUAUUUACUACAUUAUGAAAGUGUUAUGAACCAUUUAAUAACUUUUCCUCUAACUGCGCCUUCAAAAAGGUAGAUGAUUGAAGCAGUCUUAUUUCUUCUUUAAAUAACAUUUGAGAUUUUGAAAAAUUCAUUAUAUGUUUCCAUUUAGUUAAACAGUAGUAUAUAUAUGUAUUGCUAAAAAUGAUGUUUCUCAGAAUUCUAAUAAGCAGUGAAGGAAACAUUCAAUAUUGUGAGUAUUGUCAAAAGUACUAUGUAAAUUAGUACAUUGUAGAGAAUUUGGUGCACAUCUAAAUCCACGCUUCUAUUUUACUUUUACUCAAAAUAGUUUCAUAUUAUAUUCAAGAGAGAAAUUAUUUAAUUUCAUGGAGGGGAGCAAUGUUAUUUUUUCUGGAUAAAUUAAGUUAUGUAUUAUCUGUGUUUCAUAUCCAUUACAUUUAAAAAAAUAACUACUUAUUAUUGAAAACGUUUAAAACUUUGAGGUUAAAUUUGCAAAUGUUAGAUGUUUAUGCUCUCAUUACUUGCAUUUGAUCCACAAAUAACACAUCUAAGUAGUUAACAGUUUUGCCAUAUUCCUGGGAGUUGUGAAUUGUUUGAUUGUCCCCUCCCUUUUCCCAAAAAAUUACAAAUUAAACUUGUAAGUCCAAGCGCCUUCUUUUGGUGUGCGGAAGAUAGUAUCACAAUUAUCUGUUUAUCUCACUUUCCUAACUCUCUCCGAGGGUACUUUGCAAACCCUGAGCCCAAACAGAAGUACACAAUGCUCUGUGAUUUUUGUGGUUAGUGAAUAUAUUAAACCUGAAUAACUUUAAAAUUUAUAUGCAUUUUGUUACAGGAAAAUUUGAUUUAUUGUAAUUUUUUAUUUAGAGUCAUUGUAAGUAUUUUCCAUAGGGACUUCUUAUUUUUCUCUACUGCCUAAGUGGGUAUUGGCUUUUGCUUUUUUUGUAGGGAUGAAUUUUAAGUCAUAAUCACAAAUUUUUUAGUUUUACUUUAUUUCUCCUACAACAUAGACUUUUGUUGUUGUUGUUGUUUGGAUAGUGGUUCAAUAAAUCUUAUGUUCAGAUAUUUAGACACUAUUUUGAAUCUGAACAAAACAAGAGGCUUUUUUUUAUAUGGGAUGGUAUCAGCCUAUAUACAAUGAAUUAAUACAUUUAAGUAUUAUUAGAUUUUUUUUGCACAUUUUAGCUCAAUAAAGUGUGAAUCAACUGUUCCAGAUUUUCUUUAUCCAUAUUUGGAAAUAUAGUUUUGUAAAAUCAGUGUCUUACCUUUUUGAUACAAUAAAUAGAUCAUGUUUUGUUUUAUUUUAAUAAAACAAGAAGCGCUUUUAUCUUUUGUUUUUCAGGGAAGGGAUUAACAUUUAAUUCUGUUUACAUUUUUUAUCACUGUUAUCCAAUGCUCAUUUUAUGUUACUUUAUAAGUAAGCUUACAUCUAACAGAAUAAGUGUCUGUUUAUGUAAUCUACAUGUGACUAUUUUACUAUCUAGUCCAGUCAUUUAGCAUUAUGCUGAAAUUUAGCACUGUGGAAAUGAAUGAUCACUAUUCACCAAGCAUAUUUAAAAAUGUAAAUGUUUAAGAAAUAAGCAUAAUAAGUAUGUAGUUUGGGUUAAUAGGAUUAUCAAAAUUCCACUAGAAAACACAGAUAAUGGUUUUAGUGUAUUUCUUAUGGAAUGCACUCAUAAAAAGAACUUUAAGAAAUUAUGGAGAGUGAAUAAUACAUUUCUCUAAUAAAAAUUUAAAUUGUAUAAUAGUUUUAUAAUAAAGUAUUUACAUUAAUUGAUAUUUUAAUAUGGAUGGAAGUUGCAUAGAUUCAAAUAAAUAAAAAUUGAUGAUAAAUAUUUUAUCUAAAUAGUUUUUCAAGAAACAGUUGUGAAAAUGUAUAUAUUAAAUGGCUCUAACGUGGAGCUUGUGGUAUUUUCAACUCAGUAUUCAUUAUUCUUUGUUUCAUGUCUCUGGACAGAUUGUAGUUAUACCUCUUACACUACAGUUUGCUAUUAUGGGGCUUUAGAUUGUGUUCAACUGAAUAAGAACUUUUUUUUCUGAUUUUGAUUGAGUUUAAGUUACUAUUUUAUGAUUUUCAAGGUGAUGUCCAUAUCUUCUCUAACAUCUAUCAAAUUUAUAACAUAAGAAAAAGGAAUUAAUUUUCAGAGAUAUUUCAGUUGCAAUUUUCUUGUUUCAUACAUCUGAAAACGUUUGUUUUUAGGAUUUAGAAUAUUGUGGAAGAUGUAAGAUAAAAGAAAAUGGUAAAACAAUGAAAAAAUUUUGUGAAAUUACAUAAAUUUUGUCCACUGUUAAAAACAUUGUCAUCGUUUUAGUACUACUUUCUCGUAGCAGUAUGACAUUUUAUACUUAAGCUUGAUUUGCUUUAAAAAUUGUUUACAAUGCUUUGUAAUAAUCUUUCUUAUCUAGUGCCUUUAACCUUGAUUUGAUACAUGUGUAGCCUCAGUUAUCCUUCCAUUACAUCCUAUAAUGUUAGCAUAGACAUCAGUUUCUUUUAAAAAAUUGCCAAUUUGAUCGUGUGAGGAGGUAAAUGUUUUGGGAAAAUGAGUAGAGUUGCCUAUAGAGACUAGGCUGCUUAGUUCAUUCAAAAAUAUUUACUGGUUAUUUACCAUGCACCAAGCAUUUUUAGCCCCUGUGAAUAUACAGUUGUGAACCAAUCAGACAAAGCCCUAACUAUUUCCAGCAUUCUGUCUAGAUGAGAUGGGGUAGGGUUGGGGACUGAAUUAAAAUAGAGAUACAGAAAAAUAUUCAUUUAAAGAUAAUAAAGUUAAAAAGCAUUUGAGUUUGUGUAAAGAUAAAGUAAUUAUUGAGAUGAGGUGAAGCAACUAACAAUGUUAGAGAGGUUAAAUAAUACUUUGCAGCACGAUAACCUCUAUAUGACUUUGAGUUCAGGUAGUAAUUAUAGACAGCAUAAGAAGGGCUUAAUUUUUCAGUUUUCUUGUUGGUAAAGGUACGUUUACUUAGACUGUCCAUUUAGAGUAGUGUUUUAACAUAACAUUACUGUGAAAAACAUUCCAUUAUAUAUUCACAAGCAAAUUACUGCACAUUUUUUACAUUGUAUUUUAUAAUUUAGUACAAACGUUUUAGGCCUCAGUCCUCAAAUCACCGGUAUUUUAAAUUUAGCAAUGAAUAUGAAAUUACUUUCUGACUUACAGAGUGAUUUUAUUGUUACUUAAAAUGCUUGUUAAUAUUUUAGGAAGGUUGGAGUUUCUGUUUUCUGGGAGUUAAUAUUUAAAUUAUUACUUUGAUAGCAUCUAGUAAGAGGAAACUAUUCAUGCGAUUAAACAAAUGACAGUAUACUUUCAAGAAUUUUCCUUAAUUGUUAAACUUUGUCAUUGGGGUUAAAUUUUGUCCUAGUGUUCACUUACAACAUAUAUUAACAAGUUUAAUUAUGAAGUGAAUAGUCUUAAGUAUGAUGUGUGAUGCACCUGCAUAUAAGUGAAAAUGGCGUGCACAAAGACACUUUACUAUGGGAGCUGUACUGGAAGAUUUAUGAAAGCAUGUGAAAUUGCACCUAAAAUUGUGUUAUUAGUGACUAUGCUAAAUUUAUUGUACUUGAUGAAUGAAUGUAUUUAGUCUAGUCAAAGUUACUUUGGUUUAAAUGUCUUUUUUAAUGUGUUUGUAAUUUGUACUAUUGAUGGGGGGUAUUCUUGGACUGCAGGGGUUAUUGUCAAUGUGUGAUUUUAUUUUUUAGAAUCAUCUAAUGUGAUAUACUGAUUUUUAUAAGUGAUAUUUAGAUAAUUCUAAUAACUGUAUAUUUGACAACCUAUUAAAAUGUUUUGCAUUGGA